AAGUGGCGCGUUACGUACAGCCCUGACCAAGGAAGUGCACACCGGUGCUCUUUCACCAGUGUUGCAGAACAGUUCUGACUGGGUGAAAGUCUGCAGAUAUUUUGCUGGUUUUCUUUUCGACUUAUGCUGAGAUUCGUCCUAUUGCAAUGGAAAUUGCAAGUCAAGACACAUUUUUGAUAACUGGGGGAUGUGGCUAUGUUGGUCAUCGUCUGGCAUGCUCCCUGCAUAAAAAAGGCGCCAGAAUAGUUCUGUUUGACACAAUCCCUCCAAACCAAGAAUUGCCAGAGGACAUUGUGUUUGUUCAGGGAGACAUACGUGAGUAUGCACAUGUUAAGAAGGCCAUCACUGGUGUGGGCUGUGUACUCCACCUUGCCUCCUAUGGCAUGUCUGGCAGGGAGCAGCUGAACCGGCAUCUGAUUGAGGCGGUGAAUGUUCAGGGCACACAGAACGUUCUGAAAGCUUGUAUUGAGCUGGGAGUGUCAAGGCUGGUUUACACAAGCACCUUCAACGUGGUGUUCGGAGGCCAAGUGAUAGAGAACGGGGACGAAAGCCUUCCUUAUCUACCUCUCCAUCUUCACCCUGACCACUACUCCAGGACAAAGUCCAUAGCUGAAAUGGCAGUACUUAAGGCGAACGGCACAGCACUGGAGGAUGGCUCUGGCGUGCUGAGAACUUGUGCACUGCGUCCAGCAGGGAUCUAUGGGGCUGGUGAGCAGAGACACCUGCCCAGGAUUGUCGGCUACAUAGAGAAGGGGAUCUUCAGGUUUAUUUACGGGGACCCCUGCAGUCUGGUGGAGUUUGUCCAUGUGGACAAUCUAGUGUCAGCUCAUGUGCUCGCUGCAGACGCUCUGACGUCAGAGAAACAGUACUGCUCAGCUGGUCAGGCAUACUUUAUCUCAGAUGGUCGGCCUGUGAACAACUUUGAAUUCUUUAGACCUCUGGUGGAAGGCUUGGGCUAUCCUUUCCCCAAAUUGCGUCUUCCUAUUUCUCUCAUCUACUUCUUUGCCUUCCUCACAGAAAUGAUUCACUACCUCAUUGGCCCCUUCUAUAACUUCCAGCCUCUGCUAACACGCACAGAGGUGUAUAAAACUGGUGUGACACAUUACUUCAGCAUGGCAAAAGCUAAGGGGGAGCUGGGUUAUGAGCCCCAGGAGCACAACCUGGAUGAGGUGGUUCAGUGGUUCAGAAGCAGAGGCCAUGGGAAAAAAUCUCACAGCUCCUCCCUCAGUCGAUUGCUGCUGGAUGUCCUGUUCGUGUCUGCCCUUGUUGCUGUGGCUCUUUCCUUUCUUCCACUUGCUGGCAGUUGAGUCAUAGCUAAAGCAAAAGUAGAAUUCUGAUAUUUUCACAAAAAGCAAAGACUGGUUCAUAUCUACACUGUGCACAUGUAUUAAUAAACAAAUGUGCUCUUUUUUAUUCAGAAUGUUUUGUAUGGACAGGUGCUUCAAACAUAGAUGCUGCUGUCUACAGAGCUCCUCAGUCAAAGCAAAAGAAACAUGUUACCUCUUACUGUUGUACUCAAACACUCAUCAGGUGUGUAAACAGUCAAAUGAAUGUCCUCUAGCUUUACCCCCUCUUUCAGAAACAGCAUGUCAGAAGGGAAAUCACCAACAAUAAGCUAAUACAUCAUGUUUUAAUGCAUUUUUAACUCAUGUAAAAAUCACUAAGCAAUGUAUGGAAACCUGCAAAGAAUAAAACUUUUCAAAGCAAA